GGGUGCUCAGUCCCUCAGACUGUCCUGUGUGGUUUAUCCGCAGCAAGAUCAAGGUGAGAAGGAGAAUCCCAUGCGGGAGCUGCGGAUCCGUAAGCUGUGCCUGAAUAUUUGCGUCGGGGAGAGUGGGGAUAGGCUCACCCGAGCGGCUAAAGUGUUGGAACAACUGACGGGGCAGACUCCUGUUUUUUCCAAAGCUCGGUACACCGUGAGGUCCUUUGGGAUCAGGAGGAAUGAGAAGAUUGCUGUUCACUGCACAGUUCGUGGGGCCAAAGCAGAGGAGAUUCUGGAGAAGGGGUUGAAGGUGCGAGAAUACGAGUUGAGGAAAAACAACUUCUCAGACACUGGGAACUUUGGCUUUGGGAUCCAGGAACACAUUGAUCUGGGCAUUAAAUACGAUCCCAGCAUUGGUAUCUAUGGCCUGGACUUCUAUGUGGUGCUGGGCAGACCAGGCUUCAGCAUUGCUGACAAGAAACGCAGGACUGGCAACAUUGGAGCCAAGCACAGGAUUGGGAAGGAGGAAGCCAUGCGCUGGUUCCAGCAGAAGUAUGAUGGCAUCAUCCUUCCUGGUAAAUGAGCAGUUCCUGUUACCACAAAAAGCAAAUAAAUUUUUAUAGCACCU